GGAUGCUUCGUCUGUGUUUGCUCAGUAUCUACCAGUAUCUACUGUAAAGUUUAGUUUCUGUUUCCGAACAUUUUAUUCAAUUUCGGGUUGUAAUAACACAUCCGCUGCUAUCUGUCCAACAGCUCUAGCAUGCCGCAAGUUUUUACGGUUCCGUUUUUGUGGCGUAUCUGUGUUAAUUUUAUCGCAGACAAUAUGGAAAAGUUCUCUAAGAAAUCGUCGACAAGCGAACUGGAAGCCAUCGAUGCAGAGGCUGUCCGUUUCUGCCAUUUCCAAGAAUUACCUUCCACUGUUUUGGAAGAACUUGUCAAGACUCUCAGCACAAAACGCAGAGAUAAUUAUCGACAAUUCAUUGCUCUUCUGAUGGUCCCAAAUUUGAGUACUUUAAAUCUUUCUAUCUGUGAUAAGAAUGAGCUUUCCCACCUUGUUCCUCUUGCAGCAAAAAAUUGCCCGAAUCUGACAAGUUUGGUAAUAACGGGUCGUCCCUUCAUCGAAGAAGACUACUUUAGUUUGAUUCAGAAUUUUACUAGGUUAGAAAUAUUAAAUAUAUCCAAGACAUACACCCCAGAAAAGUUCUGGAACAUUCUUGGAACACAUUGUAAGGAUCUAAGGUAUUAGUUUUAUGCCUCACAAAGUCUAUUGACUGACACUGGGAUUGAAUGGAUGUGUGUCAUUGGGAAAUGCAAGUCUAUUCAAAUUUUGGAUCUGACAAGGACGGCAGUGACAUACGAAGGAAUUACUAAGGCUCUCGAACAUUUGCCUUCCUUGAGAAAACUAAAGCAUAGGCAAACUAUUAGAGUUCUGGCUCAAAUCUAUAAAAGGGCAGUAGAUGAAAAGUUGAGCGAUAUUCCCAAGUUUACCUUAUCUUCGAUUCAAAUCACUAACUUUAGGCCGAAGUGGAAUCGUGAUGUUGGGUUAGCAGAUCUUGGGUUAGCUGUCCAUAUUUGUCCUUUGAUUACCGAAUUAUAUAUACAUAGUACUCUGAGCAACAUUACGGACAAUGACCUACUGGGCUUACUACCACUUGAGAAGCUCGAACACUUCUAUAUCUCUAUACGUCUCAAUGCCAAUUUCACAUUUGAUGGCAGUCUAACUCCAUUCCUGAAGGCUACAGGAAACUCAUUGAAGGAACUCACGAUUAACAUGGUCCUCGAAGUCGACUACAUUCCUACGAUCACUCGGCAUUGUUCAAAUCUGCGCUCCCUUGGUCUCUACUUUAAUCACACUCGGCUCUGUUCCGUAGGGCAGCGCAAUUCUUUCAGUCGCAAUCGGACGAAGUUGGAGCGACCGAUAUUAAAUUAUCUCGAAAUACUUAAUCUAGUGGAACCAAGAUCAAUAGGCCUAAUUCAUCCCGAAAGCCUUUGCCUGUUGUUAUCAUCCCCUUCUCUAAAGUCUAUAAGUAUAAGUUCUUGUGGCACCCUUACUGAUGAUGUGUUACAAGAGGCCGCCAAUCUCCAUUCGUUCAAUAAGCUCGAAUCCUUUGAAUUGAGUGAAUGUAAUUUAGUGACUAUCAAAAUUUUGGAUCUGUUGAUGAAAGCGACUAAUCCUCUUGAAUGGAUUUGGUUAACAUGGAAACAGAGGGAGCCGAAGGGUUUUAAAAAAAUUCUUUGUCGUUGGAAAAAGCAAAUGGCAAAGAAUCACUGGAAUGUCAGUUUGUCGGCUGACUAUUAUGAUGACGUAUCUGAUGUCGAAAGUGAAGAUGAAGAAAUAACCGAUAGCGAUGAAGAAAUAUCUGAUGUCGAUAGCGAAGAAAUAUAUGAUAGCGAUAGCGAAGAUUCCCCAGCUGAAGAUAGUGAGGAAUCUUCAUCCACCGACAGUAACGAAGAAUUACUUAUCAUUGAUGGAUAAUUAAAACGAUGGCAGUAUUUCUUUUGGUUUAAAACUUUUCAUUUAUUUUGGAUGGUAAUU